UCGCUGGCUAGGAAGCGGGCACUACGUCAGCUCAGUAACAUUUUCAAAUCACGUCCUCGUUACGCGUAAUCGCAUCGCGGCCCGCGUCCACUUAUGCCGUGGGUAAAUCUCACAUGCAACCCAAUCCGCCGCCAUCCCGUCGCAUUUCCGGGCCACCGUAUUCCAAAUCGUGACGUUACCCACUCGCGAACUCGCGUGCGCUCGUUUUCCGGCGCACCGUUCCCUAACUAACCGUCAACGACUUACGCUGGAGGCCAAUAAUAUUAAUAGCAGUCUGCGAUUAGAGUCCGUGUUCUGUAGUCAGCUUUCCUCAGACAUUCGGGAUCUAUCGCUACGGGUGUGGAUACGAGCGGGGUGUUACACGGGCGACUUAAGCGCGAGAUAAUGUGCCUGACUCAUAACAGCUAAUUUACUGAAUAAAUCAGAGCCCUAGGAUUCUAGGAACCCCCCAGAGCAGCUCUCUCGUCCAAAGCGACCGGCCGCCAGAGCGUUCGUUGCGGCGUGCAUUGCUGUGUUCGUUGCGGCGUGCAUUGCGGGCGCUGUCAUCCCAAGAUGGCAUCCUCGCGUACCACCACGAAACUGCCGCUGCUGCCGCCGCCGCAGCUGUCGCAACUGCCGCUGCUGCUGCUGCUGCUGCUGCUGCUGCUAUCGGCGGUUGCUCUGCCAGGCCACGCCUACUAUCCGUCGAAUCGCAUACACUUCGGCGGUCGCUUUAGGUUCAAGCCCUUGGCCAGUAGCUCGAACCCGCCGCCCACGCUGAUGAGCGCCACGGCGUGCAUCUACAACCCCAGCUCGAAGAAGUUCACGCGGACCACCAUCAACCCCAUGUUCCGCACGCUCACGACGAUGGACGCGUGGGCGCCGGCGCAGGGGCAGCGCGGGAUGAACGGCAACUGCCAGUUCCUGCUCACGUCCACGUGCGGCAUAUCGUCCACCAAGCCAAACCGCUGCAACGACGGCAAUCCGUGCACGGAGGACGUGUGCGUGUGGCGCGGCAAUCGCUCCGCCGCCGUGUCCGGCUGCGUGCCGUGGCCGGCCUGCCACUUCGCGCCCGCCGUCUGCACCAAUACGCCCAUCCCCUCCUGCGCGCCUCCUCCGCCGCCACCUAAGAAGUCCCCCAAACCGCCCAAAUCUCCGCCUCCCCCCAAGUCGCCAAAACCGCCCAAGAGCCCCCCCGGAUCGCAGUACCCCUCCCCUCCGCCCAGCCCUCCGCUUCCACCUCCCUCCCCUCCCCCUCCAUCUCCCCCCCCUUCCCCGCCAUCUCCGCCCCCUUCCCCCCCGUCUCCUCCAUCCCCUCCUCCGUCGCCUCCCCCUCCCCCCUCCCCCCCAUCUCCCCCAUCGCCCCCGUCACCUCCCCCUUCCCCUCCGCCCCCCGCGGGUCUCUUCAGCGCGCUAUCCUACGGGGCGAAGGGGAACGGCGCGAACAACGACGCGGGGGGGAUCGUGGCGGCGUUUAAGGCGGCGUGCAGCUACGCGGCGGCGACCAGCUCGCGCGCGACGGUGCUGCUGCCGGGGGGCUACACUUUCCUGCUGUCGUCCGCCAUCCGGCUCGAGGGGCCGUGCGGGGUCAGCAGCAGCGGCGCUGCCAUAACCAUCCAGAUCGACGGCACGCUGGCGGCAAACCCCAUUCCCGAGGCCAUCAGCUACAGCGUGGACGCCAUCGUGUACCUCAACCGCCUGGACGGGCUGCGCCUUGUGGGCGUGGGCACGGUGGACGGGCAGGCCGCCACGUGGUGGAGCCGGUUCCGCGCCGGCAAAAGCACGGACCGCCCGGACCUGCUGUACAUCCAGCGCUGCAACAACCUUGAGAUCGCCGGGCUCACGAUCAAGAACCCCCCCAUGUUCCAUGUGAGCAUAAAGGACCUGGUGGGGCUGUGGAUCCACCAUGUGACCACGGACAGCCCAUACAACAGCCCCAACACCGACUCCAUCCACCUCACCCGCAUCCAAUACGGGCUCAUCGAACACUGCUCCAUCCAUGGCGGCGACGACAACAUAUCCAUCAAGGACGGCGUGCACCACCUGCUCAUCCGCAACGUGCUCUGCACGGCAGGCCACGGCAUCAGCAUCGGCAGCCUCGGCAUCGGGGGGGUUCUCAACUGCGUCUCCAACAUCACCGUCCAAAACAGCGUGCUCAUGUCUCUUUCCAACGGGCUCCGCAUCAAGACGUACCAGGGGGGGCAGGGCGCGGUGUGGAACAUUCGCUACGAGAACGUGACUAUAGCGGAUUGCUCCAAUUCCGUUAUAAUCACGCAGUACUACUGUGAUAAGAACAACGUUGGGCCGGAGGGGUGCACCAUCAAGCCGGCAGCACUGGGACUCUUCAACAUCUCUCUCACAAACGUUACCGGGUACACCAACGGCACUACAGGGAUCAAUUUCAACUGCAGCGACAGCGUGCCGUGCCAGCAUAUCAGCCUCCAAGAUAUCGCUAUUACGUCCUCUCGCGGCCGCAUUCUACUCCCCAACUACCGGAGCGCGUAUGGGACAGCCACGCGCGUGCUGUCGCCCCUUCGCCCCGACAACACGACCUUUGUGGAGGGCGGGAUUCCGGCGGCUAAGGCAGCGGCGUUCAUGGCUCAGAUCGCCAAGUGCGGGGUAACACAACCUUGGAGCUUCUCCCCACCUCCACCUGUAGCCCCUCCAUCCUCUCCCCCUCCAAAUCCCCCCCCUCAACCCCCCCCAUCCCCUCCACCAACCCCUCCCCCCUCACCACCUUCCUCCCCUCCACCAACCCCUCCCCCCUCACCACCUUCCUCCCCUCCACCAACCCCUCCCCCCUCACCACCUUCCUCCCCUCCACCAACACCCCCACCUUCUCCACCUUCGCUCCCCUCUCCCCCCCCUCCCGUGUAAGGGAUACUCGUGAUGGGACAACAAGAAUAGCAUGUAUGGUGUGGAUAGUAAAGAGGAUGCUUUGAUGUUGGAAAUGGCUACUUCGGGUUGGACAUUUGGUGUGGCAGUUGGGAGGUGGAUGUGCACCGAUAGUGCACUGGUGAAUAAUCCUGUAUCGUUGACUUGGUUUGGUUGUGCAGCCGAGACGCUGUGCAACAUUUUGAUGUCAGAUGAUUUGCAUAACUUGAGAUGAUGUGGCUGAAUGUUUAAAACCCAGGUCCCAAAUUAGUCACGCAUGUCAAUCUUAAAGCUGAGUAAUGAAAUGAUUAGAGAUCA